AUGGAGUACUGCAGCGGCACGCUGCGGGGGGAGCUCGGCAUCGACGACGUGCACGUGGGGCCCCUCCUCGUCAGGCGCCAGGAGCUCGGGCUCAUCUCGGAACAGAGUGGCAGCGCUUUCCGCCUGCCCUUCGACGGCAUUGUCGGGCUCGGCUUCCCCGGUCUGGGCUCCUCUGCCCCCCUGUGGGAGAAGCUGGUGCCGCAGCUCCGGGAGCCGCAGUUCGCCUUCUACAUCCACCCCGGGCGGGACGCCGGGGGUGCCGUCCUGUGGGGUGCCGUGGACCCGCGCCUCCACCGCGGGCCGCUGACUUGGUACCCCGUGCCGAAGGAGGAGUUCUGGACGCUCGAGCUGGUGGCCCUGCAGGUCGGCGACCAGGCGUUCCUCUCCCUCGGCGAGGAGCGCGGCCAGGACGUCGAGGCGCACCUCAGCGGCGCCCCCGUCCUGGCCACCUUCCGCCCCCUGCUCGUCGUCGACACUGGGUCGUCCUACUUCACGUUUGGCGGCGACGUGUUCGCGGCUCUGGACGUCGUGCCAGACUACGCGCCGUGCGGGCGGGUGGACCAUCUGCCGCCGAUCGUGCUUGUGGUCCGCGACGCCGACUCGCGACUGCGAGACCUGGUCAUCUCGCCGGCCGAGUACAUGGUAGAGGACCUCGAGCAGGGCGACUGCUUCCCGGCGUUCACGAGGGCUGGCAACGAGCAGCUGGAGG